AUGUCUUUUUGGGCGAUACUACCUGUCAGUCUGCCUGCCUUGACCAUCACUGGAAUUUGGGUUGUGUACGCUAUGGCCUUGUACAACCAGCAUGUCUGCCCUGUGGAUAACUGGCUGUAUAACCAGUCAUGUGAGGAGGAGCUUUAUCUACAGAGUGGACCAACUUUGUGCUGUACUCUGGACAAUGUUCCUCUCAUCAGUAAAUGUGGAACUCUUCCUCCAGAAAGCUGCUUCUUCAGCCUCAUCUGCAGCACUGGAUCCUUCAUGGUAAUAGUGAUAGUCCUCCUGCGUUAUGCCCAUGUGAUAGAGAAGCAUCAGAACUGUGUGUUGAACACAGCAGGCCUUUCCACUGGCUGGAUCUGUGCUGCAGGACUCAUCAUGGUCGGCAACUUCCAGGUGGAUAAUGCUAAGAUCCUCCACUAUGUGGGUGCAGGGGUAGCGUUCCCCACCAGUAUGCUGUUUGUGUGUCUGCAGUCAGCUCUAACCUACAGGCUGGCCAAGACUCAGGGAGAAUACAGCCUGGCUCACCUACGACUGGGCAUGACACUACUGGCCUUCAUCACGUUGGUGCUUAGUGGCGUGUUCUUUGUCCAGGAGAGCUUCGUCCUGCAGCACGCGUCGGCCAUCUUUGAGUGGGUGUUCUGCGUCACCAUCAUGCUCUUCUACGGAACCUUUGCCUUCGAGUUUGCCGGUGUCACAGGAGAUACUGUGAUGGUGCUCGCCAGAGGGGGAGCCCUGGGGCCAAAUGGGAGAGACCACAAAGCAGAGUCCCUAGGAGGUCCCAUUCCGCACCCCCCUGAGAGCAUGUCAAUGCUGUAGUCCCUGGGAGAGAGGCCAGAAAGCUGGCCU